AGUGGUGGCUCAGGUGCCUUGUCAUAAGCCGAGCGACGGUUUGUAGAGCUGUCUUUCCCGGGAAUUAGCGAUCCCUCGACCCUGCUAGAAAAAAAAGAGAGGGAUGUCUCUGCGCUGCGGGGGCGCCGCCUGCGCCGUGGGGCCCUGGGUAUUUGGAAGAUAUUUAUGCAGUCCAGUCAGAGCAGUAAGUUCCUUGCCAGAUAAAAAAAAAGAAUUCUUACAAAAUGGACCAGACCUUCAAGAUUUUGUAUCUGGUGAUCUUGCGGACAAGAGCAAGUGGGAUGAGUAUAAAGGAAACUUAAAACGCCAGAAAGGAGAAAGGUUAAGACUACCUCCUUGGCUAAAGACAGAGAUUCCCAUGGGGAAGAAUUACAAUAAACUUAAAAAUACAUUGCGGAAUUUGAAUCUCCAUACAGUGUGUGAGGAAGCUCGAUGUCCCAACAUUGGGGAAUGUUGGGGAGGUGGGGAGUACGCCACUGCCACAGCCACAAUCAUGUUGAUGGGUGACACAUGUACAAGAGGUUGCAGAUUUUGUUCUGUGAAAACUGCAAGAAAUCCGCCUCCACUGGAUGCCAGUGAGCCCUACAAUACUGCAAAGGCAAUUGCAGAGUGGGGUCUGGAUUAUGUUGUCUUGACAUCUGUGGAUCGAGAUGAUUUGCCUGAUGGAGGAGCUGAGCAUUUUGCAAAGACUGUAUCAUACUUAAAGGAAAGGAAUCCAAAAAUUCUUGUGGAAUGUCUCACCCCUGAUUUCAGAGGAGAUCUAAAAGCAAUAGAAAAAGUUGCUCUGUCAGGAUUGGAUGUGUAUGCACAUAAUGUAGAAACAGUUCCAGAAUUACAGAGGAAAGUUCGUGAUCCCCGGGCCAAUUUCAACCAGUCUCUGCGCGUACUGAAACACGCCAAGGAGGUUCGGCCUGGUGUGAUUUCUAAAACAUCUAUAAUGUUGGGCUUAGGCGAAAAUGAUGAGCAAAUAUAUGCAACAAUGAAAGCACUUCGUGAAGCCGAUGUGGACUGUUUGACUUUAGGACAAUAUAUGCAACCAACAAAGCGCCACCUUAAGGUUGACGAAUACAUUACUCCUGAAAAGUUCAAAUACUGGGAAAAAGUAGGAAAUGAACUUGGAUUUCAUUACACUGCUAGUGGCCCUCUGGUGCGUUCUUCAUAUAAAGCAGGUGAAUUUUUCCUGAAAAAUCUAGUGGCUAAAAGAAAAAAGUCCUCUCAAAUAUAACAAGACCUUCAAGAUCACAUGAAUUGUGAAUAUCUGAUUCCAAUGGCUAAUAGGAGUGGUACCAGAAUGCCUGACUCCAGUGGACAUACCUCAGUCUCUUUGUUUUAAGAAACACGUCGAGGGCGCCUGGGUGGCUCAGUUGGUUAAGCGACUGCCUUCGGCUCAGGUCAUGAUCCUGGAGUCCCGGGAUCGAGUCCCACAUCGGGCUCCCUGCUCGGCGGGGAGUCUGCUUCUCCCUCUGACCCUCUUCCCUCUCGUGCUUUCUAUCUCUCAUUCUCUCUAUCUCUGAAAUAAAUAAAUAAAAUUAAAAAAAAAA